AUGACAAUCAUUACAACGGACAUUGAUCUUUUUCAAGAAGUAGCAAAACUUCCAUAUGAAGUUAUUGCUCUAAUCGUUAGUUAUUUACCGAAAUGUAUAUUGCCACAAUUAUUGUAUUUCCAACCCAUUCAAAGGGAAGUGGCUUCUACAAUUUUGUCAGAUGUUAAUGUUACCGAGAGCAUUUAUAGACACAAGGGUAGUGAUACACCCCAUGUUGGCUACUCCGAAUGUGACUGCGACUGGUUCCAAAUCGGGCUCAGUGAUUUGACGAAAGGUAUUACGCAAUGGAAUGUGUACCCAAGAGCACUUCAUAUGAAUGGAGAAUUUGUAUUUAAGGAUGUUUUGGAUACUUUCCCUGAACUUUUAAAGGAAACUCUGAGUAUUAAUGGUACUAUUUCCCUGUGUGAAGGUAUAAAAGCCCAAUCAUUGUUAGAUUUAUUUUACAAUACUAAUCUUAGGUUUGAUUCUUUGCAAUUGAAUGGAGUCUGGGACCCAGCUACAUUACCCUCUGUUGCCACAAGCAUUCGAUUAUUUCAUACCACAUUGAACAGUUAUGUGAUUCCUGGUGUAAAAAAGUUGGACAUGGAAAUGUAUUCUAAUAAUGACGAACCCCAAACAUACACCUUUUCGCCCGAUUUAAAAGACUUGCGUGUUUACUUCAACUUCACGAUUCAAGUGACUUUGCCUCUGAAUUUGCGAAAAUUAUGUAUCACAACAUCAUUGGAUUCUGCAGAAUUCAUAUCUGAUGAAAUGGUCAAGUUAGAGUAUUUACAGCUUGAGUUGCCGCAAAUGGAAUCUUUUGAAGAGACAGGAAUAGUCGCUCCAAAUUUGAAAACAUUAAUCUUGACUGAUUGUGAAAAGUUGUCUGAUUUUCGCAAUUUAGAACAAUUUCAAAAUUGA